AUGUACAUCACAUUUGUCGAAGCAUAUAAUAUUCUCGUACUGACGCCAAUCACGUCUCCUAGCCACACCACUUUCCAGUCAUUGGUUACAGAGUUGGUAGAGCGCGGACACUUUGUCACCUAUUGGAAUGGAUUGCAAUCAGAUAAGUUAAGUUCCACAGACGAAGAACAGCAUGAAAUUGGUUUCCACGAUCGAGACAGUCCAUUUCGUCUGCUUUUUCGAAUACCGGGAACAAUAGCAAAGUAUUGCAAAAUCGUCUACCAAGAUCCUGUUUUUCAUCAGCUGAUGAAUUCACAGGGGCAUUACGAUCUGAUUAUCGUCGAUGGAUUUGCCAAUGAUUGUACUUUAUUCUUGGUCGAAGUCCUUGACAUCCCUUUCAUCUAUUUGAACUGUUUUCCUCCUUCACCUUGGAUUUUGCAUGCAAUCGGCUCGCCAUUAGCUACGGAACAAUUCCCCAAUCCUUCUGGCAUUCGGGAUAGGAUGAAUAUUUGGCAGCGUUCAUUUAACACCGUGACAACUGUAUUUGCCGUCUAUUUCCCCCGACGCAUUGUUUUGCCCCUUAUUGAAGACGUCGCAGCCGAAACAUUGGGUAUCAACAAUUUAACAUCUAUAGCAGAUAUUGAGAACCGUUACUUGAGUCUGUUGUUAAUCAAUACUCAUUUUAGUAUCAAUUACCAAUUACCAACAUCACCUGCUGUCAUUGAAGUGGGUGGAAUGCACCUGAACAGAAGACAUCGAAACCUUUCAGAGGAACUACUCUCAUUUUUGGAUGACUCCGGCGACGCAGGAUUUAUUGUGGUUAGUUUUGGAUCCAUGUUGAGAGGCGACGACGUUCCAGAUCGUUUCUGUCAGAUUUUUCUGUCAACCUUUGCACGACUGUCACAACGCGUUAUCUGGAAAUGGGAAGAUAAACAAAAGUUGGAUCAUCAGCAAAAACCAAUCCCUUCUAACGUUAAAACAAUGCCAUGGUUACCGCAGCGAGAACUUUUGGCUCAUCCAAGAGUUCGAUUGAUCAUCUCGCACGCUGGCCUCUUAAGUAAACAAGAGGCCAUCCAUUAUGAUGUUCCAGCCAUCUUUAUGCCCAUCUCUUCUGAUCAGCCAAUCAAUGCUCAAAAGGCCGAAGAUGAUGGCUACGCUAUUCGUAUAAAUUGGGAUGUUAACCGAGGAGGGUCUCUUCAACGUCAUUCAACUUAUUUUAAACACGCCAAGGUAUAAACAAAGAGUUAAAGAAAUGUCUGCACUAAUGCGUGAUCAGAUAGUCAAUCCAAUGGAUCGAACUAUUUACUGGAUAGAAUACGUCGUACGUCAUCAAGGUGCCCCUCAUUUACGAGGCGCUUCUCGCGAU